UCUUUCUCAAGUCAGCUUGACGUUGCAUGUUCCCUUAGUACCUGACUGUCAAUUAGGAGUAAAGGAUUAACUGUUUUCUUCUGUAGAAGCCAUUUCAAAUAGACUCACCAUAUGAGAGGAUGGCCCCGGCCUUGGCAAGAUCUGCUCCAGGUGAGCUCAACCAUUGGUGGAGCCAGUUUAGGUUCCGCCUCCAGAACAGGAAGGGGUGGAAAGAGAUGCUGGAUGAAACUUUUUUGCUGCAGAACAAAAGGACGAAUGGCGUCCCUCUCUUUUUUGCCGCCAAAGAGAACAGUGCAGGUUGCAUUAAGAAACUUCUGGACUGUGCAUCCACUAACAUCUUUGAGAGAGGGGCUCUGGGGGAGACCGCGCUGCAUGUGGCAGUUAUGAAUGAUAACAUGGAAGCUGCUUUAGCUCUGAUGGACGGAGCACCUGAACUCAUCAAUGAGCCCAUGACCUCUGACCUCUUCCUUGGCAUGACACCUCUCCACAUUGCCGUGGUGAAUCAGAACUUUAACCUAGUCCGCAGUCUGAUUGGUAAAGGGGCGGAUGUGGCCACGCCCAGAGUCACAGGCCUGUACUUCAGGAAGAGAAGAGGAGGGCUGCUCUACUAUGGUGAGCACAUCCUGGCAUUUGCGGCCUGUGUGGGGAAUCAGGACAUCAUCUCCAUGGUGAUCAACGCAGGAGCCAGCACCAGGGCCCAGGACUCCAUUGGUAACACAGUGCUCCACAUCCUGGUCCUGCAGCCCAAUAAGACUAUAGCAUGCCUGGUGUUGGAUCUGCUGUUGGCACGUGACAUUGAGCUGGACCAGGCUGUGCCACUAGACAUGGUGCCCAACUACCAUGGCUUAACACCCUUCAAACUGGCUGCCAAGGAGGGCAACCUUGUGGCCUUCCAGCACCUGGUCAAUCGGAGGCGAAUCAACCAGUGGAACCUGGGACCCUUGACCUCUAACCUCUAUGACCUCACAGAGAUCGACUCCUUGGUUGCCGACGACGACUGCUCUGUGCUUGAGCUCAUCGUGGGCAGCAAGAGGAGAGAGGCAAAGAGGAUACUGGAAGUGACUCCUGUUAGGCAAUUGGUCAGUCUCAAGUGGAACCUCUAUGGAAAACAUUACUUUAGGUUGUUGCUGCUGCUGUACCUCCUGUACAUUGGGACCUUCACACUGUGUUGUGUGUAUCGCCCCCUAAAGGACGCUCCAGAGAAUUACACUGUAUCUGACAUGGACAAAACCAUCCGCGUGCAGAAAACUCUGAAGGAGAGUUAUGUGACCUAUGGGGACAACUUGCGUCUGGCAGGAGAGAUGAUCAGUGUCCUGGGUGCCCUGGUUAUUCUGCUACUGGAGGUCCCAGAUAUGCUGAGAGUAGGGGCCAAGCAUUACUUUGGACAAACGGCCCUGGGGGGGCCCUUCCAUGUCAUUCUUAUUGCCUAUGCGUUCCUGGUGGUGCUGCUGUGUGUGUUCAGGGUCAGUGGGGUGCAGGGGGAAACAGUUGUCAUGGCUGUGUGUCUGGUGCUGGGCUGGAGCAAUGUUAUGUUCUUCGCCCGAGGCUUUCAGAUGCUGGGGCCUUACGUCAUCAUGAUACAGAAGAUUAUAUUUGGAGACCUGACCAAGUUCAUGUGGCUGAGCUUCAUCGUGCUCAUAGGGUUUUCCACCCCCCUGUGGGUGGUGUAUAUGACUCAGGACCCAGACUCUCUACCUGCGUACCGCUCCUUCCCCAUCACGCUGUUCUCCCAGUUUGAGCUGAGUGUGGGUCUGAUAGACCUGCCAGUGGACCACACCAUCACAACGCCCCCUAUUGUCCAUGUGCUGCACUGCACCUUCUCUGUGGUCUCCUACGUAUUGCUGCUCAACCUGCUCACAGCCAUGAUGAGUGAUACACAAUGGAGAGUUGCCCAGGAGAGGGACGAGCUCUGGAGGACACAGGUGGUGGCCACUACCCUGAUGUUGGAGAGAAGGUUGCCCCGCUGCCUGUGGCCCCGGCUGGGGGUGUGUGGACUGCUCUACGGCCUGGGGGAGCGGUGGUACCUCCGGGUUGAGGAUCGCAACGACCCACUGGUGCAAAAGAUGCGUCGCUACGUGCAAGCCUUCUCUAAGGAUGAGGACCAGAGCAAGGAGCGGGAGGAGAUGGAGAACACUGACAUGUCAAAAGGACCUGGAAGCCCUCUGAUCAGACCCAAACACAGGGGUGGGAUAGAUGGAUACAGGAAGUCCCUGGCACGCUGGCAGAUGAUUCGCCACAGCGCUCUGGGUUUAGAUGUGGAACAGGAAGAGCCUGAGGAUGACCAGGAAGUAAGAUAGAGCUGAGGUUUAAGACAACAAAACAGAUCGUUAUGUUGUUAUUAUAUAGUAUACG